GUUUGGUUCCUCAACUGCGUUGCCCCUCCAGUCAGCAGAUGGCGAUGUGCGUCUUUUAGGUUCAGGCGACGCUGCCAGUGUGACGUAUAAUCUAGUGGACGGGACGCUCCUUCAACAACAACAGUUAGACACCUCGGUAGCUUUAUAGCAAACAUAGCUACAACAUUCACUCUCUUUACACUGUUUUGGUGUAUGUUAGUCGCUGUGUAUUAAACACACUUCUGUCGUAUGUACGUGUUGGCCCAUUUAAUUAUAUAUUUACGUUGUUUGUCAGCUAGCUGGUUUGCUAAAUUAGCUUAGAGCUAGGCUAGUUGCUAAUGCUAGCUAGAGAACAUCUCCGACCAUGAGUUCACUAAGCUGCUCUCCUCCUGCUAAAGAAGAGGAGGUCUUCUGGACGGAGAAAGAAGCUCUCCUGAAAGAGGAGGAGGAAGAGAAGGAUGUUACAAUACAAAAACAAGUAGAGGGUGAGGCUGUUACCGUGAAAGAAGAAGAGAAAGACGUUUCAGUGAAAGAAAAGGAAGACUCGUUCAGAGUGAAAGAGGAGGAGGAUGUUACAGUAAAAGAAGAGGAGGCGGAGAGAGAGGAGGAUGCAGUUUAUGGAGUGAAAGAGGAGGAGGGGGAGAUGACUGGCACAUCGAUAAAGGAGGAGGAGGAGGAAGAAGAGGAAACUGGAUAUCUGGGCCCGCUUUCCCCAACGCAUCUUAACGCAUCCUAUGGUUCUGACGGUGAACUCAGCCGUAAGAUGGUUUUGAGAAACCGGGCCGUGAUUAACACUAGAGAGAGACGUGACUAUCGUGGAUCCUCUGGGGAGCCUCAACAACAUCAUGAAGCUGACGAGGCAGAGAAGAGUCUCUCCAGAUCAGAACACCUCAAGAAACACCAGUGGAGACCAACAGGGAAGAAAUCUCACUGCUGCUCUGACUGUGGGAAGAGUUACUUAAGAUCAAAUUCAAUAAAAGUACACAUGAUAAUUCACACAGGGGAGAAAUCUUAUAGCUGUGAUCAAUGUGGGAAGAGUUUUACUCAGUCAAGCAGCCUGUUAUCACACCAGAGAAAACACACAGGAGAGAAACAUUACAGCUGUUAUCAAUGUGGGAAGAAUUUUACUCAGUCAAGCAACCUGGUAUCAGUCAUCUAGUCAUCUGAUUGUACACCAGAGAACACACACAGGAGAGAAACCUCAUAGCUGUGGUCAAUGUGACAAGAGAUACUCUGAUAAAAGAUCUCUGAUCAAACAUCAGAAAAUACAUUAAUGAUGGAGUUGUUUCAUGAUAGAUUCAGAUUCCAUGUGGUUUUUGAGCUGUUAGUUUUAACAGGACAACCUCAUCUCCAGACUCUCACACAAAUGAUUUCAACAUGAUAUCGAUGAGUGAUGAAAAAUAAGUGUUGCGUUCCUUUGUUUAACGACCUCUAAAUGUAAAUGCAUCUCUCCAAAAUGUAGCUGUCUGUCUUCUGCAGGUUGUCCUCUAACCAGGGAGGUAAAAUAUAUCUCCCAUUUCCAUGUGUUUUUUUAGUUGUGGUUGUUUCAACAGCACCAACAACCUGAUUUGUCCGCUAACCAGUGAUACUUAUUACUUAUUACUUAAUACUUAUUUUCCACCAUAAUUUGCAAAUAAAUUCAUUAAAAAUCC